UCCGGCAAUGGAUUGACUUGACACUGACAGUAGAUUCUACAAAUCACUACAAAUCUUCGCUAUCUAUUUUCGCUCUAUAUUGUGUAAUUGUAAUUAUGCUACAUUUAGAUCUAAUGUUCGCUAAUAUCAUAUGAAGCGUACUCUAAACAUGGGGUUGUUGGGGGCGCGUGAGGGGUGUUCUGCCGCGUGCUCGCUGCCGGCGCAGAGAGCUGGCGGGCACACGCGUGCGAGUGGCGCUCGUGCGAGUGCCGCGCCGAGCUGUGUCGCACGGAGCACGAGUGACGGUACUCCCUUCAUGUUACUUCAGUAUGCUGACAUCCUGUAGUGUAGAAUGCUGACUGCGACACCACAACUAUUAUGUUCGUGACGGAAUUACGUGAGAUAGAUUGUGAGGACAAGUAUGGUUUGGACGGUGACGUCCGUUGUCACAUUUGUUGUUCAACAUGGCUAUGCAUGUGAUUCUAGCAACCCCUAUGAAGUGUUACCAGCGCGUAGCAGUAGAGAGACACCAGAUAAAGUAUGUGUACUAUUACCAUGUACUAUUAUUCUAAUUUGAGAAAUACUAUGUAAUGUCUGGAUAGUCUGUUGAAGUUCUAAUAUUAUCCAAGUAUGUGUAGGUAUAGUGCUAAUCUAAUUAGCCAAGUUUCAAUAUGUGAUUCUGAAUGGUUGAUAAUAUCAUGCUUAGUGAAGUACUUAGCUUUUGAAAGUGAAUUAUUGUAUUGAAAUGAAUAAUUAGAAAGAAGGUUGUAUAUUAUAGUAUUUAAGCAUAUUUAAUUUAAGGUAAUUUUAACUUAUAAGCUUUCAUCUGUAUUAUAAGCAAAUCUAAUUCGUUAGUGGAUGAUUAAAUCAGUAUUCCCUGCACUAUUUCUGUUUAGAGCCUAGGUUCAUAAAAUAUAAUGAGCUAAAGAGGCUGGUCGGGCUUGAUGAAGGUGUAUUCUCCGGCAUCCCGUCGUUAGUGCUGAGAGGUUCUCACAUGAACUGGACGAGGUGUAAUUGAGCGUUAUGUAUUGUUUGACAUCAUCGUAAGCCUACUUUGUGUUUAUCCACUGUUCUGUCAGUCCUGGGUAUGCCGGGAGUCACCGGGUGAUGAGCAAAUGUUUGGGGCCAUUUUUAUCUUAUGUGGAUGAGACAAACUUGCGUGUGUAAAUUGCACACAUAGUCUGCGUAUUUCUGCUACUGAUAAGUGCUCUUGCGGUUACACAUACAAAGUUUUAUAUAUAAAACAUUGUUGAAAGGUUCUUCUAACCUUCAGACAGACUGUGUUGCUGGGGAGUUUGUUGCACCACUUCUUCCCAGCAAAAACAGAAAGUGAUGAAGGGUGGGCAUUUUGCGUUGACUUUUUAAAUAUUUUUUAUGUUCCAAUCCAGUCCAGCUUAAGUAAUAUAUAUUUGAUUUGUUAUUUGAUGCAAUAGAAGUAUACUGGAAGAAGCAACCCAAUUUAUCAGGAUAUAUAAAUGGCCCUGCACGAGCAGAAUAUGAAGGACCAGGAGAAAUGGCACCUGGACAGAGUGCUCAGAGAGGCGAAGGGUCUCUUCAAGAAGACCAGGUCGAAGGGUGCGGCCAUCGCGGCCGUGUUCUCAUGCUCGACGGAGCUGCGGGAGGAGCUGCUGCAGCGCGGCACAGUCUACAUUGGCUGGCAGGCAGACAAGAGGUCACGGACUACGUAGACGUCACCUGCUGCAACAGAUGCCAGCAGUUUGGGCAUCCCGUAAAGUACUGCCGAGGUGCGGCGGUGACGUGCUCACGCUGCGGCAUCACGGGCUAUAAGAGCGACGCCUGCCAGUCAACUGCGGCGUGCUGCGCCACCUGUAAGCGAUUCGGCAGGAAGGAAGCGGCCUCACACAGUACAGUUGCGCGCGACUGCCCGCCAGGAGAGAAGGAGCGUGGCCAUGACCAACUAUGGCAUAUGAGAAAUUUGUCCGCUUUGCACAUAAAACUAGCGGGGUCAACACUGGCCACGAUGGAGAUCCCGGCAUUGCUCAGCGAGCAGGGGCUGGAUGUCCUGCUAGUGUAGGUGCUAUAUAUAGCAGGGCACAUUAUACAGAAGAGCCCAGAUGCCAAGGCGGGCAUCGUCAUGAGGCGCAGUGGCGCCGCUUGUGUGGUACUGGACCACCUCAGCAAUACCCACUGCAUGGUUGUCCACCUGGAGGAAUGCAACAUGCACGUGGUGAGCGCAUACUUCCAGUUCAGCGAGCCCAUCGACCAGCACCUGCACCACCUCGACAUCGUACUGGAGGCUCUGCGAGGGAGGCGCGUCCUAAUCUGCGCGGACGUGAACGCCCACUCACCGCUCUGGCACAGCGAUCCCCGACACUACACAGGAAGAGGACACGACGCGCUCCACCGCAGAACACGUUGGCAGUUCUGGGUGGGGUACUCCCGGCCGACCUGGAGGUUAUCCGUGCUGGGAGACUGGAUGAGGAGCGUUUGAACGGGACCACUAUGCAGGGAGAUACGGGCGCCCGGAGGAGGGAGUUGGCUCGACGAAGGAAAGAGAUUUGGAAUGAAACGAUCGAUGCAUGGCAGGAUAGAUGGAAGCACGAGGAGAAAGGAACGGGAGCUAUUUCGCUUCCUCCCGGACGUGGCGGCUCGACUUAAGUCACACUGGGUAGCUCCGGACUAUCAGUUGUCCCAGAUUCUCACGGGUCAUGGAUGUUUCAGGAAAAGACUGUUCGAUAUGAAGUUAUGCGAGGUGGGCGAAUGCUACUACGGCAUGGAAGAGGAAGACCUACAACAUGCGCUGUGGGUCUGCCCCCUGUAUGAGGAGAUGAGGCGAAAGAUGAUGGAUGAGAUUAGUCGUGAGGAGGCCGGCCCGAUCUAUUACGGCGAUCUAGUCAGCACACCGGCGAACUUUGCAAGGCUCAGGGAGUUUGCACAUACCUGGCACAAGAAGAGGAGCGCACUGGAGCGUUGCGCGGAACCAGAACCCGAACCAGCAAACAACACCACCAGCAACAACAACAUCGCUGUCACAACACCACCAGCAUAAGGACGGCGUCGCGGCGAACACACCAGGAACGCGGCUACUAACAACACCAGCGCAGCCCGGCGACGAAGUCCUGUUUCUUUUGUGCUGUCAGCAGACCCAAUUUUGGGAAGAGUGCUACAGGGACACACAUGGCUAACUUGUAGAGAUCAAGCAGCGCCUGCGGACGAAACCAACAUAGAUUGCCAAGAGAGCUGGAUGUCCGCAGCCGCCUCACGUUUCGGCCCGUAUAAUGCUGAGCGUUGGAAGGGCCAAGGGAAGGUGGAGGGAUUGUCCCUGCCCCCCGACUACGAGACUGCGCGGCCGACUACGAGAGUGGACGGACGUGCUUUGUGCGCUCUACAGAAAUAUAUAUUUUUAAAUAUUUUAAAUAUAUAAUUUGCUGUUUCAAGAGUGUGCUGAAUUUCAGUAAAAAAUAAUCAGUGAAAAUUGGUGCAAUAUAGCGAAAGUGUGUGUUCCACGAGGCUGCGAGGUUGGACCGUGUGGCGGCCACGAGAGGUAUAAGUAGCCGUAUUAAACUGAGGUACUGUGCAAUUGAUCGUAUAACUAAGUGCUGUGGCUUAUGCAAUUAAUUAUUAAUUAAAUUCCUUUAUUAAAAGCAGGAUCAGACCACGUGCAGCAUAUUAGGUCAGACAAAGGUUAACCGCGUGGCGUGCACCUUGUGCCGGCCACGUGAGUAAUACCAACUUAAUUAAGGCUCUGAGCGUUGGACUAAUAUAGAUAUGUGCUUGUGUAAUUAAUUAAAGUAUAUUUCAAUUAAAAUCGUGCUGCCAAUUGCGUGGCGCUCCGUCAGCGCGGUUGAUCAUGUGGAGUGCUGUCAGUGUCUAUUCUAUUCUAUUUUUGGUUAUGGCAAAUUGUCGAUGCCGAUGUCAACCAUUCUGCCACUGACGAGUGAAAUGAGAAGCACGUCGUGAUGCCAAACUGCUGUCAGUGUCGUGUGUGAGUGACGGGUGUCGGUGUCAAGCCUUUUUGACGUACGUCGUUGUCAUCUGUCGCUCGGGUGACAGCUGUCAAUGUCAUUGUCACUUGGACGGCUGGCAUUGACAGGUGUCAGUGUCACUGUCGGUUUGACGUGUCAUCUGCCAGUGUCAUUUACGUUUGACAGCUGUCCUUGUCACUUUGACGGCUGGCACUGACAGGUGUCAGUGUCACUGUCAGACCUGACACUGACGUUUGGCGCUGGCGUGUGGCGGCGAGGGUUGGGACUGUCACUGUCACUGUCGCAUGAUAGGUGAUUUUUAAUUUUUAUUUUAUUUUUAAUUUUAUUAUAUUGAAGGCUUUAUUUGUUGAUUAACACCCACUAGAUUUACAUAGACUAGCCAGCAUACAAGUAGGGAUGGACGAGGACAGUGAGGCUGAGCGACGCCAGCGAGCGCUACUGGAUGCGGCAUUGGCAGAAAACGCUGUGGAGCUGGAGGCGCUGCGGGAACUUAGCCGCGAAGUAGCCCCGUUCACCCCUAGGCAGUCAUUGGCCCGUACACCCCCCCAGAGUCAGCAAAACGUGACGCCAAUCCCCGAGUCAUGUCCGGAGCGCACCUCAGCAGGCGAACUCUUGCCAAAUGCUGGUGAGAAGCGGCUGCUCAGCUCGCCGGAGGAAGUGCAGGAGGCGGUACGACGGCGGAUACUAUCAGUCUCGAGACGCAAGGAGGUACCGCCUAUUGGGGGUCUGAUUGUCGGUCCAUCACCAGCGCCGGCCACCCCUCAGGACACUGCCCCCCAUCAGGACCAGGCCGGCAAAGUCGCCCCGCUUACAGACCUCGUCAAUGCCUCUGUGGAGUGCCUUGCUGGGCUGGCCACUGCCAGUACCCAAGGCAUCAUGGAGGCUGUCCGGAGCAAGUCCAGCAAAUUAAACAAGGACGACAUCGCGUCAAUAGGCGCCUACACCGAGCGACUGUCAGCAGUUAUCACGCACCUGACAGUACGUCUGGCCUCCGCUGAGAGUGCAGCGCGGCGCCCAGUAGCAGUCCACGAGGUUAUGCCUCCUGCCGGCCCAGUAACGCAGACACUGUCCUGCGACGUGGCAGCACCAAAUUACGCGGCCGUAUUAAAGAUGCCAAAGGGUAGGCCACUUGUCGCCUUAGAAAAGAAGGGUCCGGCGGUAAUCUUUUACCCAAACACAGAGAAGAUCAGCUCGUCCGAAGAGACGCUUAAAGAACUGCGGGAAAAGAAAGCCCGGCCCAGAAGGCAUUAAGGUGCAGGCGGUGCGCCGAGUCGGAAACGCACUGGUGGUCGUAGAGACUACCUCCAAAGAGGCAGCCACAAAAUUGAAACAAGCGGCUCCAGCAACAUUAAGAACGGCUGACCCCAAAGCACGCAGGCCACUUGUGGCCCUCCGAAAUUUAAGCGGCAACCCAGAGGUGGAAGCAGUUCUCGAAGAUCUGCAUAGGGUCAACCUAGCUGAGGACAGCAAAUGGCCCAGGGAUCGCUUACUGAAGGAGGCUAAGUUCGCCUUCAAAAAAGGACGCCAGGGAGGCAGGACUACAACAGUAGUCUUAGAAUGCUCGCCGCUACUGCGCGACAAACUGGUUAGCUUGGGACGGGUAUACAUAGGAUGGGACGCUGUCGAGGUCUGUGACUUCGUCAGGAUCACCUGCUACUCGAAAUGCCAGCAGUACGGGCACCCGGAAAAGCACUGCAGAGCAACCGACACUACGUGCGGCAAGUGUGGUGAAUCUCCAAGGCUCUGAAGCGGCCACUUUAGAAUUGCCGGUGAUAGGGCGAACCUUGGGAUUAGACCUAGCACUGGUCCACAUUCAGUGCGGGCCGGACUCAAAGGCGGGCAUAUUGGUGCUGAACCUUGGGAUAGCUGUUACAUUUCUGGACCACCUUAGUAACAACCACUGCGCGGUGGCACACAUCAGUGAUCAUACCUCGAGGAUAGACAUUUACGUGGUCUCCGUUUACUGCCAGUACAGCCAAGACAUAUCGAUCCACUUGGAACACCUGACACAGGUACUGGACCAACUGGCAGGGCAACGCAUACUCGUGGCUAUGGACAGCAAUGCUCACUCUCCACUGUGGCACUGUGAAAGUAGACAAUAUGUAGGUCGAGGACCAGACACCGAAUAUUGCAAGACCCAAAUGGAAGGAUUGAUCCUAGUACGCGGACUGGUCAUUCACAAUGUGGAAGGCGAACCGCCGACAUUCCACGGACCCAACGGCUACUCAAAUGUGGACCUGACCCUCACCAACAGAGGAGUCCCAGUGUCACGGUGGAAAGUUCAUGAAGGUGCCAGCCUUAGCGAUCAUCAGCUAAAUCACCUUUGAGGUGGGAACAUGCGCGGGGCCCGCCUCGACGACUACGACAAAGACAGAAGCGACGACAACGUCAGUAUCCUUCCGCGAGAAAGGCGUGGACUAUGAUCGGUUUCGCAACGUGCUCCACGGUAGGAUGGGUAGGCUCCAGACAAAGAAGCCGGCACAAGAAAUCUGCAAGCAGUACACCGAAAUAGUCACGGACGCCGCGGAAACCUGUUUGGGAAGACGCGGGAAGAAGGAUACUGGCGGGUACGAAUGGUGGACACCAGAAUUAGACAAGAAACGCCACGCAGUCUACAAUGCGCGUAGAGCUUGGCAACAUGCCCGCAGGAGCAAGAAACCCAAUCAGGGAGAACUACUAGAAGCCCUGCGUACAGUGAGGACUUCAUACAAGACUGCAAUGAGGGAAGCCGAAGUUGCAUACUUUCGUGGCAUUGCGGAGUCAGGGAACGACGACCCAUGGGGGCUCGCAUACAGAGCCGCGUCGGGCAGAGUGCCCCAAUGUCAUGCACGGCAUUAGACUUGCGGAAGGGUUCUGUACAACAGCAGAAGGCUCUGCAAACGGCCUACUAAAGGCUUUAUGCCCAGAUGACGACCCAACCAAAGAUACACCGUACCACCGGCAAGUGCGAAUCGCAGCUGCGUGUGCCCCUUCGGGCCGGGACUCGGAACCACCCAAUCGUGCGAUACUCGCACGUAUUAUAAAAGAUCUACCAAAUACGGCCCCUGGACUUGACGGACUCACUGCCAGGAUCAUCAGGCACGCGUGGAGAGUUAGCGCAGUGGAGAUGCUACUUAUGUACUCCGCGUGUCUGAGGGAGGGUGUGUUUCCUGACAUCUGGAAGAUAGGCAAGUUGGUCGUCCUGCCAAAGGGUAAUGAUCGGCCGCUCUCGGAUCCCAACGCGUAUAGACCGGUUACACUUCUCCCGAUUUUGGGCAAGAUACUGGAACGCUUAAUAAUUGCGUGCGCUCCCUGCUUAUACCGCGGUAUUUCGGAAUCACACACAACACGGAUUCACGAGGGGUAAGUCAACGGUCACGGCGUUGAACGCGAUUCAGGAACGGGUGGCAAACUCUUCGGAGAAAUACGUUCAGGUUAUACUGUUAGAUAUCUCGGGGGCAUUUGACAAUGCAUGGUGGCCCAUGGUCCUAACGAAGGCAAAACAGGGCGGAUGUCCGCCAAACAUUUAUAGGAUCUUGGUGAGUUAUUUCACAGAUAGGCGCGUCGGACUAUUCAUGGGGGACCAGGCGGUGUGGAAGCGGUCCACUAUGGGCUGCCCUCAGGGAUCAGUAUUAGGGCCAACACUUUGGAAUCUCCUGCUAGAUGAUAUCCUCAGGCUGCCGCUGCCAGCAGGCGUUACUGUAGUCGCUUACGCGGACGAUAUAACUGUUAUGAUCGAGGCGCCGAAUCGGGCGGCGAUCGAGCGCAAUGCGCACACGUCGCUCGAGAUGGUGUCCGCCUGGGGGACUCGGAACCGUCUAUCUUUUGAACCUUUUGACCUUGAAGGGGAAAUUUAAACGUCCCCCCACAGUACGCAUGGACGGCGCCUCAAUCGCACACGUUGCACAGGCCAAGUUGCUGGGCGUUGUAAUAGAUCGCUCUUAGCGAUAAGACCGCCCAUUAUGUCACCUACCUUAACUAGAUUUAGAUCAAAAUUGUAAAAUUGGUGUACCUAAUAAAGUAUAUCUAUCUAUCUAUGAAGCAGGCUCCUACGUGCCGCAUGCGAAUUUGGCCGGCCAACGGGCUGUGAACGCAUUCGGGAAGAUGUCGAGAGUAUCCGCUUCUUCCUGGGGCAUCAGGUAUCGGGCCCUACGAGUCCUGUUUUCAGGGACUUAUGUGGCGAUUAUUACUUAUGCUGCGGCCGUAUGGUGGCGGAGUACACAAAGAUAUGCAAUGCCCAGAACUCAUUUUAUUGUCAAAGGCUUACAGGUCGGUCAGUACCGCAGCGUUACCUGUGCUGGCGGGCGUACUUCCGGCCGACCUGGAGGUCUGUAGGGCGGGACGAAUUGCGCAGGAGUGUUCCGCAUUGGACAGUAGGGAGCGUCGGGUGGCAAUUAGAAACGUUAGGGCGGAGGUUAUUGCUCAAUGUCAGGAACGAUGGCAACAUUCACUUAACGGUAGGGAGUUGUAUUUAUUCUUUCCAGACGUUAUGGACCGACUAUCGUACGGUUGGGUGGAACCAGAAUAUGUGACGACAUAGAUCCUAACGGGACACGGGAGCUUCAGGAGCCGCCUACACGGAAUGUCGUUAUGCGACACUGCUAAAUGCUAUUGUGGGCAGGCGGAUGAAACUCGGGAUCAUGUCCUGUGGGAUUGCACUCUGUACGUCGAAGAGCGAACGGAAAUGUUGGCAGACUGGAACAGGGAGGAAGCUGGACCGAUUUAUCACAGAGAACUCGUAGCAAGUGUUGAAGGAUUUCGGAGACUGAAAACCUUUGCUCACAAGUGGC